AUGAGAUUAGGAUAUUUACUUUUAUUUAUAUUAAUAGUUUAUGGAAAAUUACCUAAUAAAUGGGCGUAUAAUUAUCCAACAAAUAGAUAUUAUCAAUUAGAUAAAGGAACGUGUUGGGCAUUUGGUAUUAUUGGAAUGUUAGAACAUUCAUAUCGUGAAAAUGGAAUUAAAAAAGGAUUUUUAAAAGAAGAAGAAUUUGUUAGAUUAAAUGUUCAAUCAUUUGGAAUAUUAAUGGUUGAUGCAUGUAAAAAAUAUCCAAGUGUUUGUAAUACACCAGGAGAUGAUGUUAUUUUCGGUUCAACUGAAGGUGGUGAAAUUAAUUGGUUUUAUUCAUUCCCAUUUUUAUAUGAUAAAAUACUUCCAUCAGCUGUUUGUCCUUAUACUGCAACUGUUGAUACUCAAUUUGAAUGUAAUGGAAUGGAUGAAGCAUUAAAAACUAAUCCAAUUAAAUUUAAUAUUACUGAAAUGUUAACUACAUAUAAUGAAGAACAAACUAAAGAAUUAUUAUUAAAAGUAAAAAUUCCAAUUGGUUUUGGUGCAUUAAUUCAUGAUGCUAAAUAUUAUCUUCCAUGUACUGAAGAAUAUAAAAAUUUCUGUGAUGAAAGUGUUUAUAAUGUUAUCGAAUGUCCAGAAAAUAUGAAAUAUUUAGCUGAAAAAUGUGCAUAUAUAGUUAUGCCAAUGUAUAGCACUGAUGGUGAAUUUAAUUAUCAUAAUGAAAUUGAACCAGAAGGUGGACAUGCUAUGGUUACAGUUGGAUAUAAUGAUGAAUAUGUUACUCAUGAAGGAUGUAAAGGUGGAUUUAUUUUAAAGAAUUCAUGGAAUGAUACUGUUUAUGGACCAUCUAUUGCUAAUACUGCAAGAGGAGUAAGAGGAUCUCAUAGUGUUAAAUAUUUUAUGAAUCAAUUAACUGCUGAAGAAGAACGUAAAGUUUGUCCAAAUGCACAAGAUCCAAUGAAUUGGUAUAUUUGUGAUGAUGCAUGUGUUAUUAAUGAAGAACUUCAUAAAACUAUUGUUAAUGAAUUAUAUCAAGCAUAUAAAUUACAAUGUGUUAAUCCAGAAGAACAUUUUUGUGAAACUGGAUAUGAUUAUUAUUUAACUGAAUUAAAAGCUGAUUCUAAAAGUCCUAUGAAUCAUUAUUACAUUGCUACAUUUACUAAAUAUGACUCAACUGGAAAGAAACUUGAUACUAUCACAUUACCAUCAUUACCUACUUCUAUUAUUGGUAUGAUCUUUACCCCAGUUGAAGACCAAUUGAUUAGACUUCAUGAUAGUGAAGAAUUUUGUGGACAUUACAUGUUCCCAUAUUGUAUCCUCAACAAACACUUACCAUUCUGGGGAGGCUAUGUUGGAAGUCAUUUUGAAAUUGAAUGGGAUGACAGAAGUUAUUUAAUUAAUAAAGAUAAAUAUCCUGAAUUUGAUUAUAAAUUUAUUGCACAAUCUACAUUCGUCCAAAACUUAAAAUUAGUCGAUCAAAAGGCUGGUGUUCCAUUCUUGAAUGAAAGAAUUUAA